AUGAAGCUCAUCCAUAUCUUCCUGCUGCUGGGUCUAGCUGCAUUUGUUCUCCAAGCUGAUUCGCUUCAAGGUCUUCUAAAGACUGUUGUGUCCGUGUGGCCCCCACGGUCAAAGGUCUACCUCGGAGAAUCUGUGCUGCUGAAGUGCACAGUUGAGUCAAACUCCACUGCUCAGUGGGACUUUGAGUGGGACAAACCAAAAACUGUUCUGACCCUGAACCCCAGGCAUCUGGUCUCAAAUGACAGCUACUUCAUCACCGCUGUAACAAGGGAGGAUGCAGGCAGCUACAGGUGCAAAGCAGGACAAACAUCCAGCCAGCCGGUGGAGCUCAUCGUGUCAGAGCUGACCCCUCCCUCGCUGAUUCUGACUCCUAGCACGAGAUACAUCUUUAGUGGGGAGAGAUUCAGUAUGCAGUGCCCCUCAUCUCAGACGAACGCCAAAGGCUGGAAACUGAGGCAUUACUCUCCAGACUGUAUACGGAGGAGAAAAGCUGUCCAAGGUGACCAAUGUUCACCACUAGAGUGUGCUGUUAUCACAAACAGGACUGAUGCGUGUGUCUUCAAUGCUACCAUUGGGAACAGUGGGCUAUACUGGUGUGAGGGACCUGAGGGUCGCAGCAACUCAGUCAGGAUCUCAGCAAGUUAUGACAAUAUCAUCAUGAAGACUCCAGCCUUCCCUGUAUUUGAGGGGGAUAAAGUAAUUUUGUACUGUCAGUACAAAACAACAAACUACAACGACACAACCUUCUUCAAAAACGGAGCAGUCGUCUCUGUGAUGCCUUCGAGUCCAAACAAUGAGAUAAACAUGACUAUUGAGACCGUGACAAAGAAAGACGAAGGUUCCUACAAGUGUGCAUCCCUGGCCCUAAAGAUGGAGAGUACAGAGAGCUGGUUAUCAGUGAGGCCCAAGAGCGACACCCGAGGAGGAGAUAAGCCCGCCUUCUAUUUUAAAGCUUCUGUGCCAAUCUGGUCACAACAAGCUGCAUUAUCAUCAAUCCAAAUAAGUUGUUUCACAAUCCUAAUAAGAACACAAUAUUAUUUCUUUUUAUCUGCAACAAAAAAGUUUCAAUAUUUUCUUUGUUUUUCAGAGGAGACUGAGAUCAGGGUCAUACUCAUAGGUAGUAGAUGGGCUGGCAAGAGUUCAUCUGGUAACACCAUUCUGAGAAAGGAGAGGUUUGAGUGUGGCCGAACAAGAACAGCUCAGUCUGAAGUGAGACAUGGAUUGGUGGACGGCAGGAAGCUCACUGUGAUUGAUGCUCCCGGUUGGAGCAGCUCCCUCUCCCUUGCUGAGAUCCCAGAGGGGGACAAGCAAAGGUUUAAGCUCAAUGCAUCCAAGUGUCCGCCUGGACCAAAUGCUUUUCUCCUCGUUAUUCCAAUAGACUCAGCUUUCUCUGUGGAGCAAAAGACGAGUGUGGAGGAACACAUGAAGCUCUUAGGUGAACGGGUUUGGCGAUACACGAUGGUGCUGUUCACCUGCGGGGAUUACCUCGGGGAAAAGACAAUAGAAGAACACAUUGAAAGUGAAGGACAGGCACUCAAGUGGUUAACAGAAAAGUGUUUGAAUAGGUACCAUGUUUUUAAUAACAAGGACAAGAGUAACUUAUCUCAGGUCACAAAGUUGCUGCAGAAGAUCGAAGAGAUGGUGUGGUACAAUGGUGGCAGUUACUACAAGGUAGAAGAGCACAUUUUCCAAGUCAUCAAAGAGAAGCAAAAGGAGGUAGCUGAGAGGGCAGAAGAGAGAAGGAAGAAGGCCGAGGACCAAAGACAACACAUGAAAACACUCAUUCCAGAGAUGAAACAUAUCCCAAAACUCCAGAUGAUUCUUCUGGGAAGCCGAAAUGUUGGGAAAACCUCUGUAGGGAACACGAUCUUGGGGUACAAAGACCAGGAAGAUGGAAAAAGAACGCCAAAGUCUGUUCCCCGCCGGGGUUUUGUGGCUAAAACUGAAAUCAUUCUUGUUGACACACCAGGCUGGUGGAAAGGCUUCCCUGUGUUCGACACUCCUGAAGCGAUCAAAGAUGAACUGAUGCGCAGCAUGUUUUUGUGCCCUCCUGGGCCCCAUGUCUUCCUCCUGGUGAUAGAUGCAGAUGCAUCAUUUAAUGCCAAACACUUAGAUGCAGUGACAUCACAUGUGGAGCUUCUUGGUGAUGGAGUGUGGAGACACACUAUUAUAGUUUUUACCAGAGGAGACUGGCUGGGAACAAACAGCAUAGAGCAGUACAUCGAAGGAGAGGGGGAGGCCCUACAGUCUCUAGUUGAACAAUGUGGAAAUAGAUAUCAUGUAGCUGAUAAUAAGAAUGCAAGUGAUGGUACACAAAUCUCAGAGCUGCUGGAGAAAAUCACUGAGACUGUGGCAGCAAAUGGGUGGGGCUACUUUGUUCCAGACCAGCAGAUAUUUCAGAGCAUCGAAGAGAGAAGAAGGAAAGUGGAAGAAGGAGCAACGCUGAGGCAAAGUCAAGUCAAGGCCAAACGAGAAUCCCUUGGAGUUUCCAGUAAUAAGCUGCAGGAACUGAGAAUAAUACUGCUUGGUCAGAAGACUGUUGGAAAGAGUGCAACAGGAAAUACUCUCCUGCAUAAAGACGUCUUUGCAUCUAGUCAGAAUGAAAAAUGUCAAAUGCAAGAGGGGGAGGUUGUUGGCCGACGAGUCACAGUGAUCGACACCCCGGGCUGGUGGCAGGACUCCUCGUGCUGCACAGAUGAGAUGGACAAAGAAAUAGCCCGAGGUUUUUCACUGAGCCCAGUAGGAGUUCAUGUUAUUCUGUUGGUCAUUCCUUUGGACCUGACAUUCAGAGAUUCUCAACGAGUCACUCUGGAGGAUCACAUGAACCUUUUUCAUGCCACUGUAUGGAAACACGCAAUGGUUCUGUUCACAUAUGGAGACAAACUAGCAGAUAAAUCUUUGGAGGAGCACAUUGAAAGGGAGCAUUGUGCCCUGCGCUGGUUGAUUGAGAAGUGUGAGAACAGGUACCAUGCCAUUAACAAUAUGAAAAAAAUGGAUAUGAAUCAGGUGACAGAGCUGUUUGAGAAGAUAGAGGACAUAGUAGCAGGAAACAGUGGCAAGCUCUUCUGUCCAAACAUGAAUGAAAUGCACCUGAGAAUCGAAGAGAAGUUCAAGAGGAAGCAGCUGAAACAUGUGCUGAAGCAAAGACUAGUGCGGGAGUACAGGAGGAGAGAGCUGGAGCUAAUGAAAGGGUUCAAGGAAACACUCCAUGAGCUGCAAAAUGACAUUAGGGGAGGUGCGACAGGCACAAAAUCCAAGUCACUGGUUGGUGACAGGGUGAAACUAACAACCAGGUCUACUGGUCAGGGGAAGAGAGAUGGCAAGGAGGAAAAACUAGAUACAAAAAUCAGCCAAAAAAUUAAAAAGCUGGAUGAAGAUAUAGAGAGAUCAUCACAUUUUCUUGGAAACAGCAAGGAAUUUUUGAUCCCUGAUUUUAAAGGAAGCAGUCCAGCACCUUCUAUUCCUGAGUCUUUCUUAGAGCGCAAACAAUCAACUGGCAACUUUGAGAAAGUUCUGGGUUGGUUAUCGAAUCUUCAUAUCGGCACAAAUGUGGAGAACCAGCUGACUCUCAACUUCUCUCAAACAUCAGGCUACAGAUCUAUGGUGUCAUCAGACACCUUUGACUUUGACGGAGAAGUUGAAGUUCCCGAGUGA